GUCGCGCAGCCAAGUCGCAGCCGAGAUGGACUGCUGCAACUACGUCGAGGCUUACUCGACAGGUGGUCACUUUUAUCAGCAGCAGCAGCAACAGCAGCAGCAAUACUUUUGUUACGACAAUGGUAACGCUGUGUACGCCGGCUACGACGCCGCGCCGAUCUCCAACACGAUCGAGAUUAACGCUCGAUACAACGGGGCAAUACCAACCGCCUAUCCGACAGAUUACGUGUACAAUCCGAAGGAGGCGAGGCUGCGGAAGGCGAUGCGAGAGCAAAAUCGCGAGCAGAGCCGCGAACGUUCGCGGCGUUCGAUCCUGCAGAGCGCGAUCGCAAUUGCGAACGCUCGCACUGCCGCGAUCGGCGGCCCACCCGCUGUUUCCGCGUCGUUGGCCGGCGGCUUUCUAAGCCAACACCAUCGUACCUUCGACUGCGUACCCGCGACGGUGCCGUCCGUGCCCAUGGGACCCGGCGUAGGUCCUUCUCAUCGAGCGACCGAGGCCUGGUUCCAAGCGGCGCAUCGCCCCAAGCCCGUCCAUUCGCCGCGAAUCGGCGAUUGGUACGGUAGCGUGGACGGUGACCCCAUCGAGAGGCUGCAGGCGAUGGGUACGAUGCAUCAACAACAACAGCAGCAACAACGCAGCCUCGACAAAACCUCCAUCAAGGAGCAAAGAGGUCAAGCGGCGGAGUGCGCCGCGGCGUUCUCCCCCAACGGCCACUCGCCGGACUUCAUAGCCGCCGAGAGGGAAAUUCGCAGGCGGGAAUCCGCGGCGGAAUAUGCCGACUUCGUGGACGGCCAGAAGUGGCACCCUUAUCAAAACAGCGCGAGCCCUCAUCCACAUCCAAGGACGCCUCAUCCGUCACCGCAAAUGGCCGGCAUCCUUCACCCGAAUGUUCAGAAUACGAAUGCGCACGGGCACACACACGGUCCGUGGGGCCAAUUUUGUCACGGUAUGCUACCACACGUCUCCGCCAUGACUCGCAAUGCGGCGAUUCGGGGCCCGCGACAUGCCGUCUUUCUGCGGGAUCGACCGGCGAGCAGGCACUGCGCGUUUACGGAUGAUGCGUCGCGGAUGGGCUACGCUCCGAGCAAGCUGAACAUCGAGAGCAUUCGCGCGUCUUAUCCGCCGGCGGAGCACCAGAUGCCGAGGCUGUUAGAAUCAGCGGUGGAUUCCAUCAUAGACUCGACAACGACGAUGAAUCGCCGCGAGGAGGACGGCGGGACCAGAUGGGAGCCGGGUACCGUCACCACUGAGAUGUCCCUGGACGAACUCGUGCCAAUCUCCAUGGAGAGCGCGCUUUCUCGUGAGAAGGAGUGUCAGUCUUGGCGCUCGGAUGAGCACUUCGAGCCAAAGAAGAAGCCAGUCGUGAAGCAGCCGCUUCCUGGUUUCCACCAGGCCUUCGGCUCAACGGAGAUCGGUAAAUCGUUCUCUAGGUCGGAGUUUUUCGUAAACAUGGUGGGCGAGAACGGCGGCGGCGGCGGUGCCGGUGGCGGCCCCGGAGGCGGAGGCGACAUCGGCGAAGUGGGCAGCGGCGACGUAAGUAGGGAACGACCGCCGCUGUUGGACACGACAGGAAACGCCGCGACGGCUGUAGCUGCGACCGUGGUCGCGUCUGCUGCAACCGCGGCCAGAGCUGCGACUACAGUCACAGUGGCGACCGGAAACGACGCGGCAGCUGUCGCGGCUACCACGAGCGCCGGGAGGACCUUCGACCCCGAGGACCAGGCGACGUUCACCGUCGGCGACGGCGUCGUCGGCGCAUCGUAUUGUAGACAGCCGGCGACGGUGCCGCGAUGGCACAGUCCACACGUAGGUGCUAUAGGUAGCGAAAUUUAAGCGAGUCCGUCUGUGCGCGGUGUCUUCACGCACUUACUCGAGAGACGCUUGCCGGUGUCUUUUUAUUAUUGAGAAAAUUUGCCGUUAAGGCUCCUGGUUUCUCGUCGUGCAACUCUUCAUUGAUGAUGUCGGAAGCGAGGAGACACGCUCAAAAAUCCUGCACAGUACGUUGAAAUAAAAGGAUGUAUUCAAAAAAUGACAUUUGCAAUCGAUCGAGCACACCUCCAAGAUACUCUGAACUUAUUCCUUUUGCUCCAACAAUCAGUAAAUAACCGUAAAGUUAACGUGUAACUUUAAAUUUUAACCUAAUCGUUAUCUAGUCACUGUUAACUUUACGGUUAUUUAUUAAUUGAGUAAAUGGAAAGUGUCGGAGUAUUGUGGAAGUAUGCUUAAAUGAAUGUGAAUGUCACUUUUAGGAUAUAUCCUUUUAUCUCGACAUACGAAUUUUGGAUACGCAUUUUUUCCUCUUUCCGACGUCAUGAAUCUGGAUGGCUGCGGCGAAUGGCCAGGAGUUUUAAAGAGUACUAAACGGGUGCUAAUAUUCGCGAUAAAUUGACGAGGUUUUAUAUUUUUAGAACAAUCGGAAGAGAUAAACGAGUCUCAUGGAUCUGUUAUCACCAUGAGCGCAUACUACGCUUUCGAAUGAUUGAGGUACCGGCAAGUGUCGUCGAUACGACACUGGAAUACCGCUGCAGAUCGAUUCCCGUAGGACGAAGUCCUUGUCUUGUUUAGGCUAAAGCGGUCCCCCGUAGCUUUCCGACGCGUGAUGGUUGGCGACGAGAUUAUAUGACGAUAUAUCACUCUUCCGAUAGUAGAGAAUAAGUCGUGACUGUGACAUUAAUCGGUUUCUUUUUUUUUUCAUGUGUAGGAAAUUUUUGUAUGUAGCGAGCAACUAUCCGUGUUCCGUGUUGCAUGUGUUAAUGACAAGUUUCUCCCGCGACCGACAUAAUUACGGUGAAUUCGAAUUGUCACGUUGGAGACACGCGAGAGUGAUCUCUACGUUUGUUCGCGACAUGUCCGCGAGAAAGUCGAGCUCGUCGGAAUUACGUCGGGCUCCUGUGAACUUCCCUCCGUGACCAAAUCUUCGUCAGUACCCGCAGCGCCGCGUCGAGAAGGAAGGAGCGCGUCAUGCGUAACGAAUGCGAGUGCAUCGAUUAGCGAAAGCUGUCGGGGAUCGAUAUUGGCGUACGAAACGUCCCGACAAACUGCGAACGUUCGUCGAGAUUGUGCCUUCCAAAGGGCCGGGAACGCGUCGGGGAUUCUCGUCGAGUUCUCCCGCCUUAUCGAGAAUCAAAGCAGCACGAUAUACCAAUACGCGUCUCGUAUGCCAAAAAGAAGAUAUAAUCAAAAAAGAAAUCGUGCCGAGAGAAAACGAUUCGCAUGCGAUCGGCACUUUCCAUCACUGUUGUUAGAUAUUGUGAGUAUUGUAUGCGCCGACGAGCGAUUAUACAUAUAUAUAUAAAUGCAUAUAUAUAUAUAUAUAUAUAUAUAUUGUACUCGUGUAAUGGAAGAAAACGAAUAUACGCGCGACGAAGAGAGCAAGAUAUUUAGUAGAAUCCUUAGGUGAGUACGUAUUGACGCGCGGAGAAACGAUCAAAUAAAAGUGAACGCUACGAGCGUAGGAAGCCGAGAAGCCGACAGGUGGAACGCUCUUCCGCUUCUGGGAAAUAAUUGCGAAGGGGGAUGCACGGUGGUUUAUGUUAAGAAUCUGCGCGUCCGAACGUCUCUCAGCGGAGUUUCUCGCGCCACCCUUAACUGAUACUUUCGCUGCAGCCACGCAAUCGUCAAUUAAAUUUUCUUAAACGGCGUACUGAUUAUCAAUUAAGACGGUAUUUUUACGUAUCACGUUUUUCGUCACGUGGAAAUGCGAGCCGCGUUUACGUAUCAACUGACGUUCAUUCAUAUUUGACUUCGUGUGCUACAUGCUACGUCACUCUCUCACGGGCGGAAGAUCAUUUCGCGCUUUUCAUGUUACACUGUCUAACGAUUCUAAUGAAGUGUAUUUGCGCGACGUUUUGCAGGUUCUUAACACGUGCUUGUAUCUAUCUGCUUGCGUCUAGUCGAUCGACCAGUUAAAAUUCGAGAUCAAUUCGUGCCGGACAUCCUGUACUUAUGAUGGGACCAAAUUAAAGAGAAAAAAAAAGACUUUUAUGUCGCGUUCACCGUCGCGCUUACGUCCUACGUAUAGUCGCGUAAGAUAAAAAGAAAAAGAAAGAAAAUGUAAAAGAAAACUUCCCUCAUUCUGUUCGCGCGAUCGCUCGCGAGUGAAAGCAAAAUGCCGCACCUCCGCUCGGAAACGUGGAACACAUUCUACGAGAUUAGCGCGCGUGUGUGACAUGAAAGUAUAUUAAUAUAAUUCGAGGAUAUAUUCCACCUUUUUGUGUGCGACGGAACCGAACAUAAUCGCCACGCCUUAUCGAAACGUACUUAGCCGUCGAGUCGAGAAAGGUGCAUGAAUAUCAUAUAGUGGGAAAACAAAUAAAUUAUAUCUGUAGAACAAGAGAGAAGGAGGAAGGAAAGCUCGAGGUAACUGAAACGCUUAGAUAUCGAUAGUAUGCGAAAAGAGAUCUUCUUCUGAGCGUCGAUGUACCGCGCACUUGCUGAGAGAUGCAAGUGAUCGUUGAGGAAGGAGAGGAAGGGAAAAGGGAUGAGAAAUACUGUUCAAUUAAUCCGACGAACGUAAAUGUACUCGUGCGAUAUACAAUAUCAUAAGCAACGGUAGCUAAAGGAGAUAAAUCAAACCGACCUAUAACAGACCUAUAACAACAUUUUAUCCGGAAACGGUGCCGCAAAUGCUGCCGCGAGUCCCCGACAUCGGGAUCACGUCGGAAUCACGACGGCCAGAACGGGAGUCGAUACAAAGGAGGGACGAACCCAGUAUUUGCGGCACCGAUUUCCUCGCGAUACAUGGAAUACGGACAAAAUUCGUCGUUGCAAAAUAUAUACUUUACUCUCAUUCGAUUGGAACGAUCGCGAGCAGCAUGAUAAAAAUAAACGGAUGUCUGUAUGACAGUGAAAAGAAAAAAGGAAAAAAAAUAAGAAGAAAAAAACUCG